AUGAGCACUCGUGAGCAGGAGCCUACGUCUAGUGUGUUUGUCACCUCCAAGCUUUUGCUCCAUGCAGACACCCGGUUGCAUCUUCCCUCUCCUCACCUUUCCCCUCCGCAGAAUCCCCCUCCCCUCUCUCUCCCCCCUUCUUCAACACCUAUAUUUCUCCCCAUGCCUUACUGCCCUUCAGCCGAGGCAGUAUGUGUGAUUCCGUCAAAUCUUCCGCUUCCUCCUCUCCUCCCUGCUUUAUCCCCCCUGCUCACCCCUUCCGCCCACCUCCCUCCUCAUCCACACCUGAUCUCCAAGCAGCCGCAACAGUGUUGGUUCUCCUCAACUUUUCGUGUAGUCAUCUUUGCUUGCACUUCCCGUAUUCCACUCUUCCGUAUCUUUUCCGAGCGGCCCUUGCCCUGUGCAACUCUCAUGAUGUUUUUUCCCCAAUACAUCCCGUCUCACGCCAUUCCUUCCUUCUUCUCACAACCUUUCUCCCCCACUGCCGCUGCCAGUGAUGGUCGGGUUCCUACAGGGCAACCCGGUGAGCCACUGGAGUGGGGGAGUCAACCUGUGGAAGCAUCCCUCACCGCUCUCCACCCCUGCCUCCGUCCUUGUCCCCCACACCCCCAACAGCCGCUGCCAGUGAUGAUCAGUGAUGGUCGGGUUCCUGCAUGGCAACCCUCUGAGUCACUGGAGUGGGGGAGUCAACCUUUAGAGUCCCCAUUCAUCGCUCUGCACCCUGUAUCCGUCCUUGCCUUUCCACAUCCCCCACAGCCGCUGCCAGUGAUGAUCGACUUCCUGCAGGGCAACCCAGUGAGUCACUGGAGGGGGGGGGUCAACCUGUGGAAGCCCCCUGCUGUGAAACCAGGCGACAUUCUCGAUGAGUGA